AUGUCAAGUUCUCUAUGGACAUGUCAGCUGUGCAAUAAAGUUAUGUUACGGAAGAGUCUCUACUCCCAUCUCCGAGUGGUGCACCUCUUGACCAACGAGCAAGUAGAGGUAGUGAAGGCUGAUGUGAGGCGCCAAGCAGCACAAUUGAGUGAAACUGAGAGAAGAGAUGUUGUCUGCCCGUUAUGUGAGGAGUGUUUUGUGGACCAAGAACUACUUGCCAAUCAUUGUAAAGAAGAGCACGAAGAAGACGGAGCAGAGGGAGAGGCACAAGAUUACACAGUUUUCACUCUCAACUUCCGCAGCAAGCAAGAGUUUGACGUAAGCUCUUCAAACGUGUUUGGUAAUUGUACUUUAACGAAAUUACCAUGCAACAGGGCAGGAAGAUACAUUAGAAAGACGGAGACUCAGGCUACACACACUAAGAAAGAUGUGUCGCACUGUUCCUGUUUUCUUAACGUGAAAAUAGAGGAUGACGGAACUGUGAGUGUGAAAGGAUGCCUGGGACACGUUGGCCACAAAGUUGAUCCUGCCCUUUUACGUCUCACGCAAGAACAGCAAGUUUUCCUGAAAGGGAUGUUAGAAGAAUUUUCGCAUGACUACAUCAUUAAACGCCUCAGAAAGGACUUCUCAGCCACUACAUCAAGACUAUACUACGUGACCAAAAAAGAUCUUUGGAGUCUUGUGGAGCGAUUUGGAUUGAGACCUGGACACCGUCAUAAAGAUGACAUGCAGUCUUUGAAGGCAAGACAAGAAGAGGGAAAUCCAGACGACGGAAUCAGACUCCUAGAGCUAGCUGAGGACCCUUCGGGAAGGGGAUUUCGCAUGAUCAUCAUCAUCACCUCUAAGCAAGUAGAAUGGUUGAAGAAGUUUUCACAUCGCGGUAUCUCCGUUGAUGAUACGCAUAAUGCCACCCGAUAUAAUCUCAAGCUUGCGACGGUGACAGUGUUGAACGAGAGGGACACGGGCGUUCCAGCAGCCUUCCUACUCAGUGGGACCAUGACUUCUGCUGAUGUAGAGAAACUCUUUCUCGCGAUCCAAAGCGUGAUGCCCGAAUUCAACCCUAAGCAAAUAGUCACCGACGAAGCGCCAUGCUUUUACAAUGGUUUUCGUUCGGGUGCCAAACUGCACUACUGCAGAUGGCACAUUGAGAAGACGUGGCAGAGAAACGCUAAUAAAUUAAUCAAAGAACCUCAAAUCCGUAAUAGACUGAAGAUGAAGCUGAGAGAUCUUCUCAAGAUAGAAGACUUGCCCACGUUCCAACAAAAGUUUGAUAGAACGCCGACGUGGGCAUCAUUCUCGAAUCAGGGUGCCAUAAUGGACACCACCAUGAUUAGUGAGAGGUGGCACUUGCGUUUGAAAACGGAGUUUCUUCACAGAAACGCUAACGCGAGAGCAGACUGUUUGGUGGACCUUCUUAUUAAGGCCGUGGAAGAGAUGUCGAAGUCUGAUGAAAUCAAGGCUCGUCGUCGGCUGGCUGAGUCCUCCUACCGCGUCCAACAGACCACCAUAUGCCACCGCCAGGCCAUGAAACUUUUUCUUCCAUUUCCUGAUAGAAUCUGCCUACUGAGCACAGACAAAUGGCAAGUACUUACAAGGCAACCUGAGGGACCCUACAUGUACAUUACCCAUGUACAGCGGCGUGGCGACUGCGAAUGCAGUGACGUUGCAGAGGGGAACGUCCACUGCCCCCUCUGCGAUGUCUGCCCGUAUGCAUGGUCCUGCUCCUGCACGGACAAUCGUGCAGGAAUUAGUUGUAUGCAUCGCCACGCCGUGAUGCUUCACUGUCAGCCUCCCAAUAGGGCGGCAUUUAGAAUCACUGCGGAAGCAGCAACUGAGGAAGGUGUACCUGAGGAUACCCCGGACCAAAAAGUAUCUGUGCUUCAAACUAAUGUGAAUGCAUUAGUCAACACAGAUACCGAGGAGGCAAAAGAAAUGCUUUUGGCGAUCGAGGACUUGGUAGAUGAAGCCUCGAAAAUUUAUCUGACACCUUUGACAGGGAUAGCCGUGCGACCAGAGCAAGCGAAACAUGGAGGGAAACCGAAGCAGUCAAAAGUACAGCUCUACACACGUAAGCAAAGCCGUGUUGCGAAAAGCGGUCCAUCACAUGACGGUUCUGGCAAUGAUGGCGAAGAGUCUCGAGAAUAA